AUGAAUGAAAGUGUUAUGUUAAAUGUAAACAAUGUUGAAAUACAAAUAAAUAAAUACUUCGCUGUUGCAUUUUCACAAAUGAUUUAUAAUACUUAUGUAUUAGAUAAUAACACACUAAAGAUUGAUAUCGAAACGAAAGUAGAAUCACAAGAAGCAUAUGAAGUUUUGAAAGAGAUAUUACAAUAUAAUAAAACAGAAUUUGAAUGCAAUGAUACGAUAUCGAAAGAUCUUUUCUACAUCGGAAAUAAACUCGGAAUACAAGAACUGAUUGAUCCAUAUAAAACACAGGUUAUUGACAAAAUGGUUCUCGACAAAAAUAACUGUAUUCAAUUACUCGAUAUUUAUUUUGAUAUUUGUUCUGAGAGUAAAAUAUCAGAAUGUGUUGAUUUCAUUUCUUCUCAUUUCUACGAGAUUGAUCAAGAUGAUCUAAAAUCAAUUUCGAAGAAACUCGGAUUUGAUAUCAUUCAAAGUAUUUUUAAUAAUGAUAAACUACUCAUCAAAGAUGAGGAUUCUAUAGCAAAUUUCAUAUUCUCUCUCAUGAACGAAAAUGAAAUUUUCUCACCACUCGUUGAAUGCAUUCAUUUCGAAUUUUGCAGUGAACAAGUAAUCAAUAAAAAUCUUGUCAUUAGUGAUGAAAACAACUAUUUCAAUAUUAUCAAAUCUCUUCAUGAUUCAUUAUUGAGAUCAAGAAAUAACAAACACGAUCACAAUCGUUAUUUCAUUCCAAGCGAUAAUCAAGAUGUUUACAAAUAUCUUGAUGAACUUUCAAGAAAAGGAGAUCAAACUUUAUUUGAAACAGCAAUUGAAGAAAUAAUCAAUAAAAAUGAUGAUGAAAUUCGUAAUAAUAUCUUAUUCGAAUCAUGCGAAAAAGGAAAUCUUAAACUCGUUAAAUCUCUAAUUGAGCAUGGCUGCGAUAAAGAAGUUCAAAACGAAAAUAAUCAGACUCCACUCAUUUGGGCAUCAUUUACUGGUCAUCUUGAAGUUGUUCAAUAUCUUAUCUCUAAUGGAGCUGAUAAAGAAGCAAAGGAUAAUGAUGGAAAUACUCCACUCCAUUUAUCAUCAUUUAAUGGUCAUCUUGAGGUUGUUCAAUAUCUUAUCUCUAAUGGAGCUGAUAAAGAUGCAAAGAAUAAUAAUGGAAAUACUCCACUCCAUUUAUCAUCAUUUAAUGGUCAUCUUGAGGUUGUUCAAUAUCUUGUCUCUAAUGGAGCUGAUAAAGAAGCAAAGGAUAAUGAUGGAUAUACUCCACUCAUUUGGGCAUCAUAUUUUGGUGAACUUGAGGUUGUUCAAUAUCUUAUCUCUAAUGGAGCUGAUAAAGAAGCAAAGGAUGAUUAUGGAUAUACUCCACUCAUUAAUGCAUCAGAAAAUGGUGAACUUGAAGUUGUUCAAUAUCUUAUCUCUAAUGGAGCUGAUAAAGAAGCAAAGGAUAAUGAUGGAUAUACUCCACUCAUUAAUGCAUCAGAAAAUGGUUAUCUUGAAGUUGUUCAAUAUCUUAUCUCUAAUGGAGCUGAUAAAGAAGCAAAGGAUAAUGAUGGAAGUACUCCACUCAUUAAUGCAUCACAAAAUGGUCAUCUUGAAGUUGUUCAAUAUCUUGUCUCUAAUGGAGCUGAUAAAGAAGUAAAGAAUAAUGAUGGAUAUUCUCCACUCAUUUAUGCAUCAAGAUAUGGUCAUCUUGAAGUUGUUCAAUAUCUUAUCUCUAAUGGAGCUGAUAAAGAAGCAAAGGAUAAUGAUGGAUAUACUCCACUCAUUUAUGCAUCAAGAUAUGGUCAUCUUGAAGUUGUUCAAUAUCUUGUCUCUAAUGGAGCUAAUAAAGAAGCAAAGAAUAAUUGCGGAAAUACUCCACUCAUUUGGGCAGCAAUUAAUGUUCAUCUUGAGGUUGUUCAAUAUCUUGUCUCUAAUGGAGCUGAUAAAGAAGCAAAGGGUAAUAUUGGAUAUACUCCACUCAUUUAUGCAUCAGAAAAAGGUAAACUUGAAGUUGUUCAAUAUCUUGUCUCUAAUGGAGCUGAUAAAGAAGCAAAGGAUAAUGAUGGAUAUACUCCACUCAUUUAUGCAUCAGAAAAUGGUCAUCUUGAGGUUGUUCAAUAUCUUAUCUCUAAUGGAGCUGAUAAAGAAGCAAAGGAUAAUGAUGGACAUACUCCACUCAUUUGGGCAUCAAGAUAUGGUAAUCUCGAAAUUGUUCAAUAUCUUAUCUCUAAUGGAGCUGAUAAAGAAGCAAAGAAUAAAGAUGGAAAUACUCCACUCCAUUUAUCAUCAAAAUAUGGUCAUCUUGAAGUUGUUCAAUAUCUUAUCUCUAAUGGAGCUGAUAAAGAAGCAAAGGAUAAUGAUGGAUAUACUCCACUCAUUAAUGCAUUAUCACGUGGUUAUCUUGAAGUUGUUCAAUAUCUUAUCUCUAAUGGAGAUGAUAAAGAAGCAAAGGAUACUGAUGGAUAUACUCCGCUCAUUUGUGCAUCAGAAAAAGGUAAACUUGAAGUUGUUCAAUAUCUUAUCUCUAAUGGAGCUGAUAAAGAAGCAAAGGAUAAUGAUGGACAUACUCCACUCAUUUGGGCAUCAAAUAAUGGUCAUCUUGAAGUUGUUCAAUAUCUUAUCUCUAAUGGAGCUGAUAAAGAAGCAAAGGAUAAUGAUGGAUAUACUCCACUCAUUUGUGCAUCAAAAUAUGGAGAACUUGAAGUUGUUCAAUAUCUUGUCUCUAAUGGAGCUGAUAAAGAAGCAAAGGAUAAUGAUGGAAAUACUCCACUCAUUUAUGCAUCAAAUAAUGGUCAUCUUGAGGUUGUUCAAUAUCUUAUCUCUAAUGGAGCUGAUAAAGAAGCAAAGGAUAAAGAUGGAAAUACUCCACUCCAUUUAUCAUCAUUUAAUGGUCAUCUUGAAGUUGUUCAAUAUCUUAUCUCUAAUGGAGCCGAUAAAGAAGCAAAGAAUGAUGAAGGAAAAACGGCAAUGGAUCUUGCAUCAGAUAAUGUAAAAAAUUAUCUAAAAUCUUUAUGA